GUAGUCAGAGGUCAUCUAGUGGCUCAGGUGUCUAACUGGUUGUGGCUAUUGAGUGUGCACACGUGUAAGUUAGACACAGGUUGAGAUGGCUUCUUCCUCGCGUCGUGUAAGGAAUUCUCCGCAAGAGUGGUCUUGCUGCAUGCCGCGGGAGUCAACCGAUUGCAUUGAAACCCUGGUGAUUCCCUCUGAUGUAUUGAGCCCCUCCGAGAAGAUAGUGCUUCUCUUGACUCGAAUUGGAUACUUUCCGGUCGAACAUUACAUUGGUGAUGAUGGGAAACACCGAUUCAAAUCUGGAUGGAAGGAUUUUGCCGUUGCACACCAACUGCAACCAAAAUUUGUUCUACAUUUUAAAAAAAAUGGGGAGUUUUGUUUAUUGGUUACAGUUUUUGGCAAAUACAAUUGGGUGACCUACCCCAUUAUGUUUCCAGAUUAUGAUUCAGGAGAGGAUGAUGUUGAUAUUGAAAUAUCAUUUGUUCAUAAACUGGAGGCGCACAAUGUUAUCCCCAAGGAGUCAUAUUUGGAGUUGCCAAGGUCUUUUUGCGCUGACAACGGAAUUUCUGAUGGGACAAUCAAAAUUAAGAUUUAUGGCCCGACAAUGUAUCCCAAUGAAGUCACCCUCUCUGUCAAGGAGAGUGGUUGCAGGCUCUCCAAAGGAUGGCAUAAUUUUGUGGAGGACAACGGGUUAAGGCUUGGGGAUAAGGUUGUGCUUACCUUCAUUGCAGAAAAUACAAUCAUUGUUUAUGCUUAUCGCCAUCGUAUGCUACCGAGGCUUACCAAUUAUUAAAACUAUUUAAAGCUUUUAUAUUUGGUGGUUGUUUUGUAUAUAUUUUUAGUAUGAUUAUAAUCAUUUCUAGUAUAAACGCUACAGUCAUAUUUUCUUAAUUGUAUUGAUGUUUUCUCAAUCGUAGACCUGUUUUCAAAUACAUAAACCAAAAUGGAUUGUUUUGGAAGGGUCAGGUCGACCUUUAUAAAAUUUCCAUCGACCUUAAUAAAUUACAGUUGAUUGC